GGCGGGGGGUCGCCGCGCAGGCGCGAUGCGCUCGGCGGGUACAGGGGGUUGCUGGGCUCUUUUGUUUGGCGGAGGGCGGAUCGCGAGCGGCCAGGCCUGUGGCGCGGCGCCGACGGUUACGGUUCCUCGCCGACCUCCACCGCCUCAGCUCGGCCCGGCCGCCGCAGCGCGCAGCCUCCGCCCCCACGGCUCCCUUUCCCCCCGGGCAUCGUUGGCGAGGCUGUGAAAACAGCGUCGCCCUUAAGCUGAAAAACUGGCCAGCACAAUGGGAAAAAAGCAGAACAAGAAGAAAGUGGAGGAGGUCUUAGAGGAAGAAGAGGAGGAAUAUGUGGUGGAGAAAGUCCUAGACCGGCGAGUGGUGAAAGGCAAAGUGGAGUAUCUGCUGAAGUGGAAAGGCUUCUCAGACGAGGAUAACACGUGGGAGCCGGAGGAGAAUCUCGACUGCCCCGACCUCAUUGCAGAGUUUCUCCAGUCCCAGAAAACCGCACAUGAGAGUGAGAAAUCGGAGGGGAGCAAACGCAAAGCUGAAUCUGACACAGAGGACAGAGGGGAGGAGAGCAAACCAAAGAAGAAAAAGGAAGAGUCAGAGAAACCACGAGGCUUUGCCCGGGGGUUUGAACCUGAGCGGAUUAUCGGCGCCACAGAUUCCAGCGGGGAGCUCAUGUUCCUGAUGAAAUGGAAGAACUCUGAUGAGGCUGACCUGGUCCCCGCAAAGGAAGCUAACAUCAAGUGCCCCCAGGUGGUCAUCUCGUUCUAUGAGGAGAGAUUGACAUGGCACUCUUACCCCUCGGAAGACGACGACAAGAAAGAGGACAAGAACUAACCCACACCUGCUCUGGCCAACCUUUGUAUCAAGAUCAGACUGUGGGUUGGAGCGACAGUGAGAGAAUGCAGCUCUACUUAGCGGAGAGGUGGCUUGAGAAGAUGCCCUUUGAAGAGGCAGUAUGGUGUCUGUGCCCUGCAGCUGCCCGAGUGUUCUGUGCAGCCCCAUGCCAGUGUCCAGCUUCAAACCAGCCUGACAUGAGGGGGAGGGGAGACGUGUUUCAAGGCUGUCUGUUCUGCAGCUUUCUGGAGAGGAAGUGAAAGCCCCUUCCGCUGGUGCUGGGUAGGCUGGGGAAAGGGAGAGCAGAUGAAUACUGCUUGUUCUUCAAAGACCAUCUCAGCAACCCACAGCCUUCUUCCCAAUAGUGUUAACUCUGCAUUUUUACAACGUAGCAUGUGUGUAGGUUUUUUUCUUUUUGCUAUUACUGGUGUAUCAGUUUGAGGUGGGGUGGGUCUUUUUAAUGGGGUGGGGGGGAAACGGUUGACAGUGUUCCAGAUCCAUGACCAGAAUCCUCUUUUAUAAACAUCUUUAUUAACUUAAAACCCCAAGUAUUGGUAAUAGGACUAGGGGGAGGGACAAUGGUAUGAGACUGAAGCUGUGAAUGUCCAAAUCCUCAAUCCCUAGAGCAAUGUUACUGGGAGCGAAGGGGGGGGAGGCACCGGCAAAGAUGCAAGCCUGUAAUUAGUAGUGUCUCCAAACAGAACUGACUUGUGCAUUGUAAGUGAGAGGGUGGGGAAUGGGGAGGGAAUUGAUAACCCCUUAAAAGCCUUCUACCCCCUUUGCGUUAAGGUGCUAUUUUGUGAAAUUAGGGAAAUAGAAAGUUCUGAUUUCUAUUUGAUUUUGUUUCAACCCCAAUUGGAUUCUGUCCAGCUGGCAGCAUUGGGAACCCCUUUAUUCUCUGUAUGUAUGUAUGUAUGUAUGUGAUAACAUGUUCCUCCCUGUUUUUAAUCCUAUUAGUGUAAUGUGAGAGGGAGGUGAAAUCAUUUCAAAAUCCUCCCCUAACAAGUGAUUUGUUUUUCAAGCCCAAACUUCAGCACUGGAGCCAGCUCUGUUGCUCUGCUGACAUUUUUUUAAUCAAACGGAUUUAUUAAAAAUACUGAAAUAUUUAAUGUCUGGAGUCAUGAGCUCCUACAGGCUCCUGGCACCUCCUUGUAGGGUGAUAUGUAUCUAGAACUGCAUUGUACAAACCUUUUUUUAAAAGCAUGUGUUUAGGUUUCUGUGAAAACAUUGUUUAAAUGUAAAGUAAGUGUUUGGAUUUUAACUUCAUACCAAGCUCUGUCCGUUUUUGGUCUCAAUAAAAUUUUAGAUUUAUAA